UAUCCUUCCUGACACAUGACAGACAGUCAUGUGAUUCCCUGUGUUUACCACCGUUACCAGUGAACUGAGUGCCUGCGAGAGCGGAGGUGAGUGUGGUGCGGGGAGGAGGAUUAAAGUUAACCGUUAACCACGGAGGCUAGACAGACACCCCGCGCACCCAUCCCUUCUUGCCCUUAUUAUCGGAUGGGACGACAUCGUGGAGAAGACAGCUGAGCACGGGACGGCAAGCACCUUGGAAAACAUUCCUCCUUCCAAACAGCAACCACCAGUGCAGUAAUGAGUGAGGAGAAGUUGGAGCAGUAUCGCCAGAGGUUCCGCUCGGAGCUGGACCGGGUGGUGGACUUCUGGCUCAAGUACUCCCACGACCAGGAGCACGGUGGCUUCUUCACCUGCAUCGGGAAAGACGGCAAGAUCUACGAUGACCUGAAGUACGUCUGGCUGCAGGGGAGACAGGUAUGGAUGUACUGCAGACUCUACCGAACCAUGAAGAGGUUCCGGAGACCUGAGAUACUAGAAGCUGCCAAAGCCGGUGGGGCGUUUCUGCGUCGUUUUGCACGUGUGCCGUCUACGGGCAGCCCGUGGAAGUGUGCCUUCUGCCUGACGCGGGACGGGCGCGCUGUGAAGGUGCAGAGGACCAUUUUUAGCGAGUGCUUCUACGUCAUGGCCAUGGACGAGCUGGCCAGGGUCACCGGCGACACGGACAUGCAGUCGGAGGCGGAGCAGAUGAUGGAUCAGCUGGUGCACUGGGUGAGGGUGGACCCGUCUGGUUUGGGCCGGCCCCCGAUGCCCGGCGCCGCCCCCGUCAACAGCAUGGCGGUACCCAUGAUGCUCAUGUGCCUGCGGAGCCAGCUGGCCGAGGGCCGGCCGCAACUCAGCCAGAAGUACGCCGAGCUGGGGGAGUGGUGCGUCACGCAGAUCCUCCAGCACAUACAGAGAGAUGGGACGGCCAUCUUGGAGAAUGUGUCACCGGAGGGAAAGGAGCUGCCAGGUUGUCAGGGGCGACUGCAGAACCCAGGUCAUGCCAUCGAGGCUGGCUGGUUCCUUCUGCAGUAUGCCCAGGAGCAGGGGGACGGCGGACUGCAGCAGACGGCCAUCGACAAGUUCAUGGAGGUGCCCUUCCUCUCCGGCUGGGACAAGCAGCACGGGGGCAUACUCUACUUCCUGGACGUGGACGGACACUGCCCCACGCAGCUGGAGUGGAAUAUGAAGUUGUGGUGGCCUCACUGUGAAGCUCUGAUCUCCUACCUGAUGGCCUACCAGCACUCCAGAGAAGACAUCAUGCUGCAGAGAUUCACACAGGUCUACGAGUACACCUUCACACACUUCUCGGAUGCGGAGCAUGGGGAGUGGUUUGGCUACCUUGACCAGCAGGGGGCGGUGGCCCUGGACUUCAAAGGAGGCCCCUUCAAAGGGUUCUUCCAUGUUCCCCGGUGUCUGUACAUGUGUGAGAGACUGCUGGACAGCCUGAUAGAAGGGAAAGCCAAGUAAAGGCCUGAAGAUCUCAUGAGUCUGGAGACUCUCCUUCAUCGAGGCCAAAUUAGUGAUGGAGAGCACACACACGUCGGUUGAUACCAGCCAAAGAAUUGUCUGUUGGAGUAAGAUUCAUCAAGCCUGUAUACUUCGGAGACCUUCAGUUAGGAAGACUUUAGGUUGAGAAUAAAUGGAGUUAUCUUUGUGCUGUAGAUGGCGGUAGCGCAAAUCUUAUGCAAGCCAUCACCAAAUCCUCCUUUGCAUAUUGGGUGGGUGGUGGUGGUGUUUGGGCUAUCUUACUCUAAUAAGACAGUUCUUUGUCCUUAUGGUCUGCUACUGCUAUGCAAUAUUGCUUUACACCAUUUGACUCCUGCUUCGCACCAAUCCAUUGGCUUUCACUGCAUUUCACCAAUCAAUGUUUCAAUUGUUUUGUGGUAUAUCAUACUAUAUGACCUAAUGUUUACACACAUGCAGAUACAUAUGUUACAUAUGUCUCCAUUGUACUUGAAUUUGAGAAGGUUAAAGAAGGGAAUGAUUCUGGGGUGGGGGGUUAGAUGAUUUAGUGGCAUGUGGUGCAGGUACAUGCCAAUCCAAGUGGGGUCACAUGAUGCUAUUCUUAGUUAUGGUAGGCUACUCUGCCCUACAAAACAAGAACGCAGUAACUCAGAUUCUGGCAAACUGAGAAAAAAGGCUUCAAAGUUCCCUAUAUGGCGUGACAACUGUGUUGUA